AUGGAUGGGAACUCAGCCGUUGGGAAGAUGGCUUCUCCAUCCUGUGCCAUGGGCCCCCUGGACAGUAUGGAGUUGCUGGAUCUGUUGUUUGACCGGCAGGAUGGCAUUCUGAGACAUGUGGAGUUGGGUGAAGGAUGGGGCCACACCGUGGAGGACCAGAAGGUAUUAUCAAAUUCUGACUCCGAUGACUUCUUGAGCUCCAUCCUGGGACCUGCAGACUCAGCCCCCAACUCCCCUAUCUGGUCCCCUGCUGCCAGCGACAGUGGCAUCUCUGAGGACCUGCCAUCUGACACGCAGGACACCCCUCCACACAGUGGACCGGCUGUCAUUGAAGCCCAGCGUCAUCCCACCGAGCCUGGCAAGGGGACCUGCCCUUCCUAUGUUCCCAGCCCUGCAUGCCCCACCAGGCCUCCAGCAUCCCAAGCAGUUGAGGCCUCUGUGGCCAUCGACCUGGACAUGUGGGGUGCUGGAGGCCCAUAUGUGGAGGAGCAGACUGGCUCUCCCUCCCGGUUCAACCUCACCGUGAAGGAACUUCUACUGUCUGGCAGUGCAGGAGACUCGCAACAGCACCAGCUAGCCACCCCACACCUGCUGCGGUCAGGGAAUGGACACUGUCAGGAGCUGGUGUUGACGGAGGAUGAGAAGAAACUUCUGGCUAAGGAAGGUGUCACUCUGCCCACCCAGCUGCCUCUUACCAAGUAUGAGGAACGCGUGCUGAAGAAAAUCCGCAGAAAAAUCCGGAACAAACAAUCGGCUCAAGAGAGCAGGAAGAAGAAAAAAGAAUACAUCGAUGGUCUGGAGACGCGGAUGUCGGCCUGCACCGCCCAGAACCAGGAGCUGCAGAGGAAAGUCCUGCACCUGGAGAAGCAAAACCUGUCCCUCUUGGAGCAGCUGAAGAAACUGCAGGCCAUCGUGGUCCAGUCUACAAGCAAAUCGGCCCAGACGGGCACUUGUAUUGCAGUCCUUCUGCUCUCUUUUGCCCUCAUCGUCCUCCCCUCCAUCAGCCCUUUCGCUUCCAGAAAAGCCGAGAACCCUGGGGACUUCGUGCCUGUGCGAGUGUUUUCCAGAACAUUGCACACCAACGAUGCCUCCCGUGUGGCUCCCGACACCUCUCCAGGCUCCGAGGCCCCAGGACCUUGGCACGACGUAGGCCCACCUCCCAAAGGGUCUUCCCCAGGCAGCCUCGGGGCAGACUGGGGGAACUUUCUGGAAAUACCCAUGGUGGGCAAUUUGACGGGGGACCUUGACAACUCCACACUGAUGUUGGCCAACUCCACAGAGGGCCUGGGCCAGGCCAAACUGCUGGACUGGGUGGCCCCAGAGCCACUGCUCAGCCCAGGACGUGUGGGGCUGGAGGCAGCAGGAGAGGAGCUCUGA